GAUAUGAAAAGGCAAUAUUAUUUCAUGGACAUCUAAGGAACAAAAAUAAUAUAUAUACAUAUAUAUAUAUACGUAUAUACAUACAUACAUACUCAUAUGAAAAGAAGCAAAGAAAAGCCUAGCUUCUAAUUUUCACUAAUAAAUUACAAGAGUGAAAGUACAUAGUAAAUAUCUAACUCAUAAAGAAGAAUCUGAGAAUUUCUAGGAAUCUAAACUACACACAGAUUUAUUCUGUAAAGGUCUAAGAAAUACUUUCUUAAGGAAAUCUGUUCUCCGAUAUUAAGAACUAUUUCGUGUAUGUACAUUAACAUGUGUGUUUCACGAACUCAAGAUGCAUCUUAACGAUGGUCAAUCAUUUAUUUAAGUGAAAAAAACAGGUUGUACAUUUUUGCCAGGAUGAUGCUUGUACAGUAUUUUUAAUUCAAAGUUCACAGAACCUGGCACUGAUCUGUUUUUUACCUUCGACUUUCGAUUAUAGUUACAGAAUACAUAUAAUUACUUUGCCCAGAUUUAUACACCGCAUUAGCUUUAUCGUAAGCUCAAGUGGUCUUGUCAUAUGCGUCUCGUUUAUCGAAGCUUUAUUUUAUCUCUAUUGUAAUGUAUUUUACAAAUGUCUUCGAUAUAUAUCCAUAUAUCUAUGAUUAUUAAAAUGUUAAAUUUUUAUUUUUUUACGCUUAAUUCUUUGCUGUAUUCUGUGUUUAAACUGAUAGCGUUCCUCGAAGUUGUGUUUGAUCUACAUAUCGCAAAGAGUUAAGCGAACAUUUUAAAGAGAAUUUUAUUUUGAAAAUUAUGCCUCGAUAGAUUUACUCUUUGAGAUUUAGUGCAUCUUUGAAAUUCUUCUAUUUUGCCUUUGGACAUUAUUUAGCUCGUAAGGAUUUAUGAAUAAAGAUUAAUAACAAGUAUUAAUACAUAAGUAUUCACAAUAAUAAAUACGAGCGCUAAUUGGAAAUAAUAACAUAUUAGCUUUAUUUUUUGAGGCAAAUAGGAGAAUUAAAUUGUUUCUCAAGGAGUUAAUCCUAAUUUUUUACGAGAUGCAUGUGAACUUACAAAGUCGUUGAUACUCUUAAAAUUUUUGAUGCGUUAAGAAAACAAAUUUAGCUAAACUCGUUUUAUCGAGUAUUCUUUUCUUACAUAGAAGCGACAUUUGAAAAUGUACUGAAAUAAAAAUUUUUCUGUAAAAAAGUGUAGAAAUACUUUAAGGUAUAUAUUAGAUAUUAGUCGUGUAAGUUUUGGCAUGCUACUGAAGUGUAAAAACUGGGUGAAGAAUUGCAGCCAUGUACAUUUUGCGCUGCUCUAUUUCACUUUGCCCGCUUAUUAAUCAUGUAACAAGGUGUUUAUUCUAUUAAAAAAAGCAACAAAGUGUGAUUACAUAACUAUAUUCAUCUAUAAAUCUAAUAUUACUAGUUUAUAAUAAAUAUAUUUGUACUAAUUUUAAUCAUAAACUUUGUUGUUUUUAUUGCACUAUAAAUAUAAGUUAGAUGAAAGCAUAGUAUGUUAAUUUACCUUUUUUAAUUUGUAAUUGCUUAAAAAAUAAUAAACUGCUGUAUGACAGUGGCUUCAUGAAACUUUAAAAAAGUAUAUUAAUACCGUUUAGUAAUUCAUUUUUAAUUUUAUUUACAAAAAAUAAUUUUUUGUAUAGAGUAAUAUUAUAAAUAACUAAAUUUUUUUAGUAUUAAUAUUUUAUUACAUUUAAAGUAUAAUAUAAGCUUAAGUAGUACUUGAAGUUUAAGUAAUACUAUAUAGAACCUAUAUUAAUAGCUAUUUACAUUCUUCUGUCAUAAUUUGAAACAAAAGUAAAAAUAUGUCAUUUAUAUGAAUGCAUUGCACACUUUUUACUAUUUUUAAACUUUCUCUAAAAUUUUUAUCUAAUAUGAGUUAAGAAUACAUGUAUAUACGUAUAGUAGAAUUUCAUAAAUUCUCUAUAAUUAGUAACAAUAUUUAAUAAACAUAAAAAUUUCUUAUAAUAUGUUGUGCAAAAGUAUUGUAUAUUCUAUUCGAAAGAGUCCAAAACCUCGUCAAUGUCAUAAUGUGCCAAAAGCACCAUUACCUGGAGAACCAAUGAAACCAUAUACACUUACUGAAAUUCCUGGACCAAGGUCAGAUGCUCUUCUCAAUGAAUUUUCUAAAAUUCAGCAAAUAGGCUCCAUUCAAUAUUUUGCAGAUUAUCAAAGAUCUGUUGGAAAUUAUUUAGCAGAUAUAGAUGGAAAUGUUUUUUUAGAUAUGUUUAUGCAACUUUCUACUCUUCCUCUUGGAUAUAAUCAUAGAUCAAUUCUUGGUGCAUUAUCUUGUGCAGGAAAUCAACGAAUAAUGGCAAACAGACCUGCAUUAGGUUUAUUCCCUGGUUUAGAAUGGCCAUGUAAACUACAGGAUACAUUGCUUCAACCAUGUGUAGCUCCAAAAGGAUUACAAUGUGUUUUUACAACUAAUUGUGGUGAUUGUUCAACUGAAUAUGCUAUGCAAAUGGCAUUUAUAAAAUAUGCAGAAAGGCGUCGUCAAGGCAAUAAGUUUACAAAGAAAGAAAAAGAAAAUGCACCUUUUAAUAAACCACCUGGUUGUCCUGAGUUGUCACUUCUUUCCUUUGAAGGAGGAUAUCAUGGUAGAACAUUUGGUGCACUGGCAUUAACACAUUUUAAAUAUAUAAUGAAAGUUGAUAUACCUUCUCUUCCAUGGCCAAUUGCACCUUUUCCACAAUAUUUGUAUCCAUUGGAUCAGUAUGAAAAAGAAAAUAAAGAAGAGGAUGCAAGAUGCAUAGAACAAGUAGAAAAUUUAAUAGAACAAUUUGAAAAAAAAAUGCCAGUUGCUGGUAUCAUAGUUGAAGCAAUACAAUGUGAAGGAGGAGAUAGACAUGCUUCUCCAGAUUUUUUUCAGUGUUUACAAGAUAUUAGUAAAAAAAAAUCUAUUCCUUUAAUAUUGGAUGAAAUACAAACAGGAGGUGGUGCAACAGGAAGAAUAUGGGCACAUGAAUAUUUUGAAUUAAAUAUUCCUCCUGAUAUAGUUACCUUUAGUAACAAAAUGCAAGCUAGUGGAUUUUAUCAUUCUUAUGAAUAUAUGCCUAGACUUCCAUAUAGAAUUUUUAAUUCAUGGAUGGGUGAUCCAAGUAAAAUUCUAAUAUUAGAGGCAGUAUUACAAUCUAUUGAAACAGACGAUUUAUUAAGUCAUGUUUGUCAUGUCGGUAAUUAUUUGCUAUGUGAAUUAAACACAUUACAACAUGAAUUUCCGCAUCUUAUGAAUUCUGUAAGAGGUAGAGGUUUUAUUAUUGCAUUUGAUAUGCCAUGUAAUGAUACGAAAAAUAAAUUAUUGCAUCUGAUACGUAGUAAAGGUAUUCAAGUGGGUGAAUGUGGAAUAAAAUCAAUUCGGUUAAGACCAUGUCUAAUAUUUGGAGAAUAUCAUGCUGAUAUUUUUUUAGAAAUUCUUCGCAAUUGUUUGCAAGAACUUACAGAUAGCUGAUAUAUUUGUAAUUUAUAUUUUAUUUACUUAUGUAUGAUAUAUUUGUUAAAUAUAUACUUCAAUAUAAAAAUA